CAGUCCCAGCCCAUGGGCCCAAGGGAAAUUUCUCAGGCAAAAAAUAAACAAGAGGUAGGGUUUGGAACAGAAUAUCUUCGUUUGUCAUUUCAAGAAAAAAGUACACAUAACUCUACGCGUAAUUUGUAUACAAUAUACUUGAAGAUAUCUUGAAAUCCAUAGUACGUGCAAUUUAUCUGCGAUUUUACUUAGUUUAGAUAAGUUAGUGAGUUCAGACGUCAUGCCCCAGGACGCCAGGGAUCAACCUGGUCAGCUUCUACCUUUGGUUAGAUCGCUGAUCAGCAGGAUACCGUCGCACGUUGCAUUUUGCAACAGAAGCCCCAGAGUAAUUAAUCUGAUUUGGAUUAAUUUCAAAGGGGAGCCGGAGUCCUAUGGCACGUUACAGCCCGGCGCUCGACGAAGAAUGGCGACUUUUGUGGGUCACCCGUGGUUGUUCAGAGAUGCAGAGAUGGACGAACCUAUGUUAGUGAACGGCAGGGAAGUGUUUCUUCCGAAAGCCAUGGGAAAUGCCCAGGUUGUGCUGGUGAACAUCACGUUGCCAGUGCUCAGCCUGAAGGAGCGGGCGCUGCAGGUGGUGCGGCGCCUGGUGAGUCCAGCAGACUACAGGAAGCUGGAGAUUGGGCAGUGUCUCCACGAUGACCUGGAGGACCGCCCGAGCGUGCUGAAGGAUCUGAGGAGGCUCUCGCGCAGGGUGGAGCAGCGACUUCGGGAGGAGAGGGAGGCACAGCAGACUUAAAGCUCAACCAAACAAGGGAAAAUAUCCAGAUUUUUUUGCAGACCUCCAUCACCACUCGAGGUACAGCUGUGGACUAUAAACUGCUGUCAGUCCAAAAACUCUCAACGGCCAGCUGCUCAGAAAGAAGUGGUUACUACGGCAGAGGUGUCAUGGAAAAAUGAACCGGCAUGACAAAAACUGAAAUGUGCACUUUUUUUUCUUUUUUCAGUUUGCUUCUAUACUGGAUAUAGCUCUCUUUUUUUCUCACUGAUUAGUCUGAUUUUAUAAAGAAAAAAACGUAUUAUACCAGCCACAGAUGGUUUUGAUUGUAUAAUUGCAUUGUUUAUAUUUACAACCAUCACCCUUGUGUGGAGAUUUUAGGGCAAUAAGGUUAGCUGUCUCUUCUCAGGGUUCUCACUCUCCUUGAAAGAAUGCACACCAUAGCAAGUGAUAAACUAAUGUGCUUAAGUACUGCUCUCACAAGUGAAAUGUUAUUCCUACAUGAAAGUUUACAGAGCAUGACAUGUAUCCACCUUUCUUGGUUUCAAAUCUCACUAAUUUGACUAAUUUUACACUCUAUACAUAAUCGGUCACACAAGGGUAAAGUUUGUAUUUUUGUAAUGUAAAUUAAUGUGUGUCUGGCUUACUGGCUGUCUUGCAAAGUGGGCUUGACUUUUGCUGCAAAAUAGUAAUAUACAUCUGCUUUGAGUGGGAACCUUGCUUUCACAACUUAAUACAGAAAAUCAAUCAAUGUUGCAUAAACUGGAUAGGUAAUGCGCUAAUGGUCAUGGGUUAAGUACCCUAAGUUUUAUGUAUGCACCCGUAAUGUGUUUUCCUAAAUAAGUUUAGUAAUGGUUAAUGCUGUUAAGUGCUGUAAAUAUGUAGAUAAAAAUUAUUGCCCUGCACAGCUUGUAUUUUAAGGGAGAGGAAUAAAGAUGAUAAAGUUGCGUAGCAUUUAAAAUAAUGCUGUGAAAAA